AUGAACUCUGGAAAGGGAACAUGGGCACACACUCUUCCCCCGAGAGAUCCAAAAGGGGAGGACACCGAGAAUCGCACCGCGUUCCUGCAGGACAACCUCCCUCUGUAUCUGUUCCUCCUCUCUCAAACACGUGCCGAUAUGUCGCCUUCAAGCAUAGAGCCGACGGAAGCGUGCAUAACGAUGUUGGCAGCAAUCCACCUUGUUGGGAGCUCGCGGGUGCUCGGCGGUAGCCAGUGCAAACUCAUCUCCACUUCACUCUUCGCAUGCACGAAGACGCUCCUCAUCCUCUCUUUUCCCUUGCACCAAAUCGCAAGAUCGCAUCUUGGAGGCCCCGAGACUACGAUGGCAAACACGAAGAGCCCGCUUAAGUUGGAUGCGGCCUUGCCAGAGCGCCCGCAAGAAGAGCCCGACUCUUCAAGCAUCAAACAGUCCCAUGCACAGAGACAGGCCGACGACUCUGGCAAAUGGUAUGGAUAUCCUGAGCCAAAUUACAAUGAUACUGGCCGUUUUAGUGAUGGCCAGAUGGGAAAUGGCCAAAGCCGCAUUCAAGGACGCCGCCGCCGACGCCGACGAAGACGAGGGCGCCCACGAGCCUCUCCAGAAAUAGCACCUCCUCAAGCAGACAGCGUCUCAGAGGAUGACGAGAAUGACCAAGCCCAGCCAGAGACCAUCCCCUCGGAUGGUGUAUCCCCAGUUUCCGGCAACGUCUCCCCCUCGCAGUUGAAGAUAGUUGGGGACCAAGAACCCAACCUGCAACAGGACCUUUCUCGUUCCCCAACCGAGCCCGAAGCCACCGAUGAACAAUCCAAGACUAAAAAUGAGUCUUGGCGCCAGCCCGAAGGAGAAAAGGACAUCACCAAGUUCCGUUUUCCGGUCAAGGGCGACGGCAGCUUGCUCAGGUACCUACGUGAACCACGCAGGCCUGCCAUCAACUGGGGCCCUUUGAUGGGGGGCCGACGUGUCGAGUACAAGAAAUUGCCUUGA